AUGAGUGGAGAGAAGCGCCUCAAAGAUUGCUCCAUGGAGGAGCUUCAACAGGAGAUGCAACGUAGAUGCGAACAGGAAUCCACGAAGAGUACAGCUGCGGCUUCCAGCGCAACAGCUCGAAACGCCGCUCAUGACAUCCUCGAACGACACUGCUUUCUGGAUCAGGAGAAACGCGAGGUAUGUGGGGAAGUGUUCCCCACGGAUCUUGCAAUGUUUCUAUUGAGACAGCACCCAAGCCUUGUGGUGGAGCCAUUCAACAAGAAGACAGUCUUCGCCUAUUUCAUUCUGGCUGGUGCUCCGCUUUCCAUCAUGAAAGAGCUUUGCUCGAUGUGGAAAAUUCAUGCACCAACAUCAUAUUCUGAUUUCAUUGUUUGGAAAGAACGCUUCAGAGGAUUUUUUGCUAGUCCAUUAGCAGAUUUCUGCCUAUUUGGUCAAGACACAAGCGUCCAAAAACUCUUCUUGGAUGAAUUUCCAGAUGAAAUCUUUGCUACUGUUAACGACGACUCCACGGAGUUUGAUUACAAUACGAUUGAGUUGUUUCUUGACCGUUGUGGGAAGAGAAAUUUUACAGAUAAUCUCCAUGCCAAGCCCCCUCUCCUUCUUCCUGACGCGAAACAGUUUUUAGAGGCCAUGCUAAAGCUUGGACCGCCAGGAGACUAUUUCAUAUACUCGAAUUUGCUGGCGUCGGCCGUGGAUGGAGAAUAUGGAAAAGUCUUAUCACCUUUCUUGAUGAAGGCGUUGGUGGCAGAACGCGGUGUUGAUUCUCUUGUAUUUGAAGGGGAAUGGACUAUGAACACCUUGCUUUCUGCAGCCACAAUUCUCUCAAAGCUGAAAUCCUUUCGACUCGAUUUGGAGUACUCAACUAUCAGCAUGGAUGUGUACAUUUCUACUCUGAAUUGUCUUCACUGCUGUCCAGACGAUCUGCUGUUGGCUGACUUGAAGCUGCCAGUUCUCCCAGACUUGCUUGAAGACCAGGAUGGAAAAGAACUGAUGGUCGCUGCGUUGCAGUCCUGCAAAGUAUUGAAGAAGCUGUCACUGUUUCUUGCUGACGGCCAUCGUGAAAACAUGAUGGCAGGCCAAUCUCUCUGUUCAAUCAGUCAACAUAUCAUUCAUGCCAACUCUGGCAUCACAGAGCUUUCCAUUGCAAACUUUUCCCUGGAUACAGCAACCCCGCUGGGUGACCUAAUAUCUGCUGCUGCAACCACCAUCAAACAGCUUCGUCUCGAAGUCCGCAAGAUCUGUGAAGAUGUUUGGGUGGCUCCUCCAAUCACCCACAACAGCAAGUUGGAACUGUUUAAGGUCAAGUGCAGAGAUGCGUUUCACAUUGAGUGGACACGUGGACUUCUCACUCAGCUCCAACAGCUCCCAGAACUCCAAACAUUGAGUCUUCGCGGGACAGCCAAUUUUGGUGGGCUCCAUAUUGGUGACGAGAUGGCUGCUAUUCUUUUGAAUGACAGGCUUCAAGAGCUCACCCUGUGUGAGGGGUGCUACUCUAGGUUCUUGCCAGCAGAAAUGCCGAUCAAGUGGGAUCCUGUCAUUGAAGCGUUGAAGCAAAAUAGCGUGCUGAAGAAGUUGGACAUUUGCUCCUCCAAAACCAUUUCAGUAGAGAAUGCCAAAAAGGUUCUCAGCCUGGUGAAGGAGCACAACACUACGCUUGAGCAGGUUGCCUUGCCGUCAUGUGGUACCGGAAAUGAGUCUCUUGACCGAAAUAUCAAGUACUAUGCGACAUUGAACAAACAUGGCAGGGCCAAGUUGCGUGUACCGGGGGCUACCAAACAUGCUCUUGUGGAUUGUUUGUGCUCUGUUCUUGAGAGACCAAAUUGUUACGAAGAAUGUUUCUCAGUCAACAAUCUUCAUUAUGGUUUACUACGAGACGCUCCUUCCAUCUGGGCGGAUCCUUUGUCCAGCCCCUGCAAGGAAACUGAGUCGCUAUAGAGACUCCCGUCAAGUAAGUGUCAAGGGUAGGCCCCACCUCCAUCAGCGGCAGCAAAAGUGCAACCAAAGACUGCUAGGUUGGGUUGAAUGAUUCAAUCGUGCACUAUCUGGCAGGCUAGUCGUGCCGUAUGAUAUGAUAUAAACAACGAAAGUGCAAUAGGUAUACGGUAGAUUGACAUAACUGAAAGUAGCAU